AUGCAGACACUUACCGAAUUAAAUCUCGAUUGUAACCAAAUUGGAGAUGUUGGAGCAAAGCAUGUAGCACGUGGAUUACGUAAUAACAAGACACUUACUAUAUUAAGUCUCGCGCGCAACGAAAUCGGAGAUGUUGGAGCACAGCACAUAGCAGAUGGAUUACGAAAUAAUACGACACUCACCGUAUUAAUUCUCACCGAUAAUCGAAUCGGAGAUGUUGGAGCGCAACGUCUAGUAGAAGGAUUACGAAAUAAUACGACACUUACCGCAUUAGAUCUCAGAGAGAAUCAAAUUGGAGAUGUUGGAGCACAGCAUAUAGCAGAUGGAUUACGAAAUAACACGACACUUACCACAUUAGGUCUCUACGAGAAUCAAAUUGGAGCUGUUGGAGCACAGCACAUAGCAGAUCUAUUACGAGCUAAUAGGACACUUACAACGUUAGAUCUCACACACAAUCAAAUCGGAGAUGUUGGAGCACAGCACAUAGCAGAUGGAUUACGAAAUAAUACGACGCUUACCACAUUAGAUCUCGGCGAGAAUCAGAUUGGAGAUGUUGGAGCACAGCACAUUGCAGAUGGAUUACGAAAUAAUACGACCCUUACCGCAUUAAAUCUCAGAGACAGUCAAAUUGGAGAUGUUGGAGCACAGCAUAUAGCAGAUGGAUUACGAAAUAAUAGGACACUCAUCACAUUAAAUCUGGGAUUUGGUCAAAUUGGAGAUAUUGGAGCACAGCAUAUAGCAGAUGGAUUACGAAAUAAUACGACACUUACCAAAUUAAGUCUUAGCGGUAAUCAAAUCGGAGUUGUUGGAGCGCAACGUCUAGUAGAAGGAUUACGAAAUAAUACGACACUUACUAUAUUAAGGCUCUGUUACAAUUGGAUCGGAGAUGUUGGAGCACAGCAUGUAGCAAAUGCCUUACGAAAUAAUACGACACUUAUCGCAUUAGAUCUCGGCGGCAAUGAAAUCGGAAAUGUUGGAGCACAGCAUCUAGCAGGUGCAUUACAAACUAAUAUGACACUUACCACAUUACAACUCGACGAGAGUCAAAUUGGAGAUGUUGGAGCACAGCAUCUAGCAGAUGCAUUACAAACUAAUAUGACACUUAGCACAUUAGAUCUCAAAGAGAAUCAAAUUGGAGAUGUUGGAGCACAGCAUAUAGCAGAUGCAUUACAAACUAAUACGGUAAGUAUUAUUCUCUUCCUCAUUUAUUUCAUUUAUCCACCAGUACUUUUUCAUACAGACACUAAUCGUAUUAAAUCUCGAGAAAAAUAA